GCGGCGGCAUUGCUGCUCUCCCCGCCUCCCUCACUGCUCCGGCUCGGCCCGGCCCGGCCCGGCCCGCCCCGUUUGGCCAGCUGAGCAGUCCGGGCCGCACAGCGCGGAUACCCUUUCCCAGCUCGGGGCCGGCAGUGCGGGGCAGCACGCUGGGGCGCGGCGUGUCUGGGGACAUCUUGUGAUGUUGGCGAGAACAGGACAUGAUCUCACAUGGCGAGAAGCUCUUUAGUUCCUUAAUCAUUUCACGGUGCCUUCGGACGCUUUUUUUCCACCUAAAACGUUUAGUUUCAGCUCAGUGAUCAGCUACCCCAGCUCGGCGGGGGAGCGGAAGGCUUGAAUUAUUCCGACCUGUGAGCGGCCCCUGGCACCAAAAAAAAAAAAAAAAAAAAAAACCAGCACAAAAAAGUGGAAACUUUUUUCCCCCUGUCCAUUCCAUCAAGUUCUGAAAAAUCAAAAUGGAUUUAGAGAAAAAUUACCCGACUCCUCGGACCGGCAGGACAGGACAUGGAGGAGUGAAUCAGCUUGGGGGGGUUUUUGUGAAUGGACGGCCACUCCCGGAUGUAGUCCGCCAAAGGAUAGUGGAACUUGCUCAUCAAGGUGUCAGGCCCUGCGACAUCUCCAGGCAGCUUCGAGUCAGCCAUGGUUGUGUCAGCAAAAUUCUUGGCAGGUAUUAUGAGACGGGGAGCAUAAAGCCUGGGGUAAUUGGAGGAUCCAAACCAAAGGUCGCCACACCCAAAGUGGUGGAAAAAAUCGCUGAGUAUAAACGCCAAAAUCCCACCAUGUUUGCCUGGGAGAUCAGGGACCGGCUGCUGGCAGAACGGGUGUGUGACAAUGACACGGUGCCCAGCGUCAGUUCCAUCAACAGGAUCAUCCGGACAAAAGUACAGCAGCCACCCAACCAGCCGGUCCCAGCUUCCAGUCACAGCAUAGUGUCCACGGGCUCCGUGACGCAGGUGUCCUCGGUGAGCACGGACUCGGCCGGCUCCUCGUACUCCAUCAGUGGCAUCCUGGGCAUCACAUCCCCCAGUGCCGACACCAACAAGCGCAAGAGAGAUGAAGGUAUUCAGGAAUCUCCUGUGCCAAACGGUCACUCACUGCCGGGCAGAGAUUUCCUCCGGAAGCAGAUGCGGGGAGACCUGUUCACGCAGCAGCAGUUGGAGGUGCUGGACCGCGUGUUUGAGAGGCAGCACUACUCGGAAAUCUUCACCACCGCGGAGCCCAUCAAGCCUGAGCAGACCGCCGAUUAUUCAGCCAUGGCCUCGCUGGCUGGCGGGCUGGACGACAUGAAGGCUAACCUGACCAGCCCCACCCCUGCCGACAUCGGGAGCAGCGUGCCUGGGCCGCAGUCCUACCCCAUUGUGACAGGCCGUGACUUGGCGAGCACGACCCUCCCUGGGUACCCUCCACACGUCCCCCCCGCCGGACAGGGCAGCUACUCAGCGCCGACGCUGACAGGGAUGGUGCCUGGGAGUGAGUUUUCCGGGAGCCCCUACAGCCACCCUCAGUAUCCCUCGUACAAUGACUCCUGGAGGUUCCCCAACCCGGGGCUGCUUGGCUCCCCGUACUAUUACAGCGCCGCUGCCCGAGGAGCCGCCCGCCCGCAGCUGCCACUGCCUAUGACCGUCACUGACCCCCGGAGCCAGGCAGGCGCCAAGCACUUAUGACACAUAUCACUGAGGGCCAUAGCCUCCCAGCCCCCUCCGAAGACAGCCAGAGGGGCCGAACGAGACCGUCCCCCAGCAACCUCCCCCUACUCGCCUGAAACUCCCUCUCCCCUUUUCCUGCCAGGGACUCUGGGGUUCCCUGGUAGGGCUGUUGGACACCUGUCCAUUCCUAAGAAUCCGCUGAGCUUCUCCCGAUGGUGACUGGAUCUCCACAAACCAACAGACUUCUGCAGACACCUGCAGCGCCAGCCCAGCCUGCCAGCCCCCCAGCUGUCUGACCAUCCACCUGUCUUCCUGCCCCAGGCCUGGGAAGGAGAGUUUGCUUUUGUUGCUUCAGCAGAACCCAUGUAAAUACCUUCUUGCUUUUUUGUGGGCCCAAGGGUCCAACUGAGCAGACUGCCCACCCGUUGUGCAUCCAGCACUCCCGAAGCAUCACAGGACGUCUUAGACCUGUGCACAGAGCAUCCCCUCUGCCCUGGGUGUCCCCUACAGGUGGGUUUGGAGCUGUCCUUGAGACUAAGGAUGCCCACCUCGGGGCCCAGCCUCCUGCUCAUUGCUACUUCUUCACUGUCUGGACUAAGAGUCUCACUGGGCUGGUUUUGCUCUAAGCACCACCCACCCAGGACCCCUCCCCAGGUGAAACACAAUGUGGGGAGAUGCCCUGGCCUCCUGCCCCCCAUUUCCCUGGGCCCAAUGCAGUGUGAGCAGCUCUUUUCCAUAUUAAAGGACUCAAAGAGAACCGUCUGGGACAUUCCUCAGCUACUGUUCUAAAGUAAGAUGUCGUCCAAGGUGCUGAUUGCAUUGUGGACUUGGAACGUUAGGGCUGGACGGGCCCCAGGAGAUGAUGGUCCAAGGCGGGGCCUGAGGCUCUCCUGACCCCUCAGCCCCUCACACCACUGAACUGAACUCGGAUAUGUUUUCUGAGGUGUGCCCAGGCUCACCCACCAUGGACACAUCUCCCACUCUCCAGGACGCCAGCAAGUGGAUUCUGGGCAAGCUCGUCCCUGCCAUGUAGACGAUGAUUAACACAAAGGACUCUGUCUGGACCGAGGACCACAAACACCUACAGCAGUCAGCCAGAACUUACCGGCCAGCCCCUCCCCGUCCUCGUGGAGCCUAGUUUGCCGCCAGGAAUGGAGGUGCUCGGGUGGGGGUUGGUGCCUACUUUGCAGAGUGGGUAUCCACCCGUUGCUGCACGGGGCUGGAUGGGCAGGGCCACGGCCAAGGGCCCCCGGAGCCUGGAGGGGGAGCUGGGAGAACUCACUGUGGGCUGAGUGGUCAGGAAAAGCCACAUGGGAGGAUAUGGGGUACAGAGGAAAGCUUCCUGGGAAAGGAGCAGAACAGGCAGUGUGGAAUUGGUGUGUGAACUGGGAGUGGUUUUGAAAUGGGGGUGCCAGGGGCCACCAUCUCUUUGCCUGGGGCCUCAAUUCCUUGCAUGAUAUCUCUUGCUAACUCAGAACGGCCAGGGAGAGGCCCCAUCCAAAUCUGGGCUGAAUUACAGCAAUGACAGUAGACUUGCCUUCUCCUGUGACAGUGUGCCCGAUGUCUGCAUGUCACCACGUUGGCAAAGAGCUGAAGCAGAGAGGGCCUGCCCUUGAGGUUAUCAGGCCUGAGAAGUCUUGUCCUGGCUGCACGUCUGCCUUGCUUUGGGACCCCAGGCAAGACCAUUCCCCUCUCUGAGCCUCAGCUGCCUUGGUACAGCAGGGUCUCUUGCAGGAUCACCCAACAGCUCUCUCCUUCCCCUUCUUUCUCCCAGAAUGCCAGGGCUGCGACAGGUCAUCAGGGGCAGGCCCUCCACUUCUGAGCAAGCAUAGUGGGCACCUGAGUCCUGCUAAUAUUUGGACCUACUGAAAAACAAGAACACCUAAUGGGGUGAGAAUCAGCCUUGAGGAAGACCUAGGUCAGCUCCCCUCAGGGGAAACUAAGGCUCCGCAAGGUGGAGUCCCCAGGAAGUGACUGGCAGAGGUGAGGCUGGGACUCAGCCCCCUGGCCCCUGGCACAUAGUGAUCCUCCCAUCCCUGGGGCGGGAAGUUGAUGGUCAGGGCAGCAGGGAAUGAUUCUGGGCCCACUGCCUCAGAACAGGUGUCCUGGGGCUGAUCGAACUGCCAAGGAAGUCCAGUCAUCUAGGGCAGAGGUGGAACCAGUGAGCUCACUGGGGGCAUCCCCACCCCAUCGGCAAACCUGCCAUGCAAAGAAGGGAGGUAGCUGGGCCAGAGCCCGCCUCCAGGAGCCCGAUGGAGCGACUCCAGCCUCCACCUUUGGGGCAAGGUAGGAAAGGUAUGUUACCUGGCCCCUCCCACCUUCCCUUUCUUUCAGAGAAAUUGGUGGAGUCUGGGGUCUGCAGCACAAGCCUCUUGGCCUCUGGCACCCACAUUCUUGGAUCCGGGUCCCUCCUGUGGUCUCAGGUUGUUGGGAGGAGGUCAGCCUUCCCUGAACCAGCUACCGGAAGGAUGGCACACACCAUCCUUCCUCGGCAAAGCUCACCUGGCCCCAAGUGCACCCCUUUCCACGUCCUGUUCCUCCUCUUGACCUGUGGUGAGCUCCCUCCAUGCCUUUUCUCUCUCUCCCAUGAGGCUCUGCGGGUCAUCAAAUUGCAUUUGUAUUUAUCAGACAACCAUUUGAUUCCUGGGCUGCCAGGCAGAAGCACACGAGCACACGGAUGCACAUGCAUGUUCCCACACACGUACCUGCUCCCGCCGAGUUCCCGCACCGCCCAGCAGAGCUGCCUGGGAGCUUGGAGAUGAAGGUUCCAAAGGACACAGCCAUUGAGUAGAUGCCAGACAAUUCUAAAUAGAAAACGCAAGGCCAGGGCCGUCACCGGCGUCACUGGAGGAGGCCUGGGGCUUUCCUCUAUGGGCCUUCAGCCCCGUGUUCCAGCUCUGACUUUUUGAAAAGGACAAUGUAGAUUUUACAGAAAAUUUUCAUACUGUUAGUCUAUCUACGACCUAGAAAAAUUUGAUGACAUAUCAAACCCAACAUCCCUUUCCUGAGGCGCCUUAGUUAGGGUUAGCCCUUUCAUACCUGACAUUUGUAUGGUGCUUUGCAAUCCUUUACCAUCCCAUGGACAGAGAUCACAAUGCCCAUUUUACAGACAGGAAAACUGAGAUUUGAGGUUCACAUGGCAAGAUAGAGGUGAAGAGAAUUCUCAGAUCUCCCGGCCUCAGUCUCUCUCCAGAUUCACGUUCCUGUCAUGGGAAUAUAUGGCUUAGAGAUACCCUUCAAUCCCCUAGAAACCCCCAGACCCACAAUGAGGAAAGAAAACGCAGGGACUCAAAGGCUUGCCUGACAGUGGGGCCAGGGGGUUGGUGGCUCUGCUGGUCCAACUUGAUUCCCAUUAAUACUGAAAACUGCAGUCUUUGCCAGAUCCCCACCAACUCUUCUGAGGUUUCAUCCAGACUCCUUCCUCCCCUGCUGAGCCUGAGACCUGCAGAGAAUUGGAGCUGGUCCCACGCCGCACCACAGCCCUGACUCCCACGGUGCAGGCCUCCAGUGUGAUGAGAUGUCCCCACACCCCUCUUUUCUUUGUCCUCCCUGCUGUGGAACAGACUUCAGGCUUUGAAGUAACAAUAUGGAGGUGGUAGAGGUGGUAGGGAUAGGGGACUCUUGGCUUUGAGGGGAGGUCAGUGCUGCCAGGGCCUUUCAUGUGUCCAAGAAAGAGCCCCAGCUGUGGCCACAGGGCACUGAGGGGUGAAAUCCCUUUAUGAGAAGUCACAUCCCAGAGCAACAGCCUCUGGCUUCAGCCACCCGCUUCUGGAUGACAUUUUGGUUAGAACGUAGCUCCAAGACAUGGAGAGUGAAUCUGAAAAACAAAUCAAGCACUCCUGACAAAUACGUGGAAAUAAGUUAUGUCUGAGACACAACUGCCACAAGGGUAGAGAACAAUCCAGGCCCCUGGAGAGGCCAGGCCCAGGCUAGAGUGGGUGGAUCUGCAGCACUAGGGGUCGACCAGCUCCCCAUGACCCUGCUAAGCGGCAGCUAGCUCUAUGGCCUUGGCCCCGUCACCCAUGCAGGAGCCUACUGUUCACAGUUUCCAGGCACGCACACUAGUGUGCCUGGAGAAUUCAUUCCUUUAGUUCUUUUGGCCCCGGAGAGGUCCGAAGCAAGUGCAUUUCUUAAAAGGUAACAAAAGUACAUUAUUGGAAAGUUGGACAGUCAGGCCAUGACUCUUAGCCUGGUCUGCCCCACCUCCCAGCAGCCCCUUCAGCCCCUGUCCCCUGUUGUCCCCGUACCUCAGGAUUUCCUCUUGCAUAUUCAUGGUUGACCACACUUACCCACUGUCAGUGUGCACGGCAAGGUCCCAGGGGGCCGCCGCAGGGGACGGGAGCAAACAUUCCCUUGCCUGCCCGCUCUCCUGAUGAGAGGCUGCAGCCCUCGGACUCGGGCUGCUUGCCGGGAGCAGGCAGGCACCAGUCUCUUUCAUUCGUUGUAAUUUCUCAACACGGGUCCUGUUCCAGGACCCCUCACCCCAGAUCAAAGGAGACCUCAGGGUCACAUCCCUGCCAUUCUAGAGUUUCAAUCCACAUGUUCCCAGGGGGCCUGUUUUUGCUCAUCUCCAAGUUAAGGGUAAACACAAGCACCAUUCAGUAAGUCUACUCUUCUUCCCACAUCUUAGACCCCUGAGCCACACAAGGAGAAAAUGCAGCAGUUUAUCUGUUUACUGAGGGAAUCUUGAUGAAUUCUAAGAGGGAGGUGGUCUCAGGUAAUAUAUUUGGCCUCUGGGCGGGAGGGAGGGAGUAGGAGUCCUGUCCUUCAGCUGUGGGCAGCUCUGAGCGUGGCAGGGAGAGGGAAGCAAGGGGAACGGCAGGCGGAGGGACGACUUGGGAGUGAUGUGCCCCCUUUCCUGACUCUGAGGCCGGAGGAGGCCUGGCUGCAGCCUCCCCUACCCUCGCCUGGGCCCACUCACCCCUGUGGCUGCAGGGCCACCCAGAUCCCCACAAUCGCCACACUCGUAGCCACAUCCCUCAUCUUCUCCAAAAGCACCAUUUAGAACAAGUGAUUUUGGAUGAUGGAUUUUUGAUUUACAAACGGUGCGUUUCCCUUGGAGUGGAACAGAAAGGAAACCAUUUAAUGGCUCCCUUAUUUUCAAGCAUGAAUACAUUUUAAUGAAACUAUUUUAUUGUAUUUGAGGAAAUGGAGAGUUGAACAUUCCAACCAAUCAAUAGCCAAUUAAUUGCUAUAAAGCUAAAAAGAAAAUAAAUCAAUCCUGAGUCUAUUUUAAACACCCUGCAAAAGCUCAGAGCCUCCAAAUUUGGCCUUCCCCUCCAUACGUGCCCUUGUGGGUGUAUGAACGCACAUAAUGCACGUGCACCCUGACGUCUCAGACAUACUUGAAACUCAGAGAAAGCACUGAGUCUCCUCGUGCCAAUUCUUGCCUGCUCUUCUUGCCUUUGGUCAGAGGAGGUGAACAGACCUGGCAGCAGCCCACCGUGGGGCCCGGAGGCAGGCCCGUGCCCUGGCCCCAAGCAACCAGCUUAGGGCGGUUGGCAGGCAGCUCAGCCCCAGCUGCUGGGCCUCCGAGUUUGGGCCAGAGGUGGAAAUCUGACUCGGGUUUUGCCCUGACUCUUGCUGGAAGUUGCUGCCCUGGAUUUUCACCACCCAGUGGCCUUUGGACAUUGAGUAUUUGUAGAAAUGCACAUUACAUUGCAAAUGGAACUCUUUGCCAGGAAGACACAUGGAUUUUGCUUUUCGUUCUUUGAGACGGUUGACUUUGUCUUAGGGACUGACUUUCCAGCAUCAAAGAAAUACAUAUCUACUGUAUCCGCCAAAGUUUGUGAUGCCUGCAUAGAUGCUUACUUGUAAAAAAAAAAAAAACAAAAAAAAGUACAAAAAAACCAACAAAAAAACCCACACAAUUGAAUUGCCUUUGAAAGUGGGAGAUGAUCUGUCUCCAAUAGAUUGAAAAAAAAAAA